CUGCUGCUGUCCUGGGACAGUCAAGACACCACCUCCCAGUGAGAGUCAUGGCCUCGUUGGCCCGGCGCCUCCUUGCCCUGGUCCCCAUCCUCCUGGGCCUGGUGGCCUCCCUGGAGUGGAAGGCCGUCCGUAGCCAGGACCCCUUUGAGAGAUGCAUGCACGAUCCUGACUAUGAGCAGCUGCUCCAGGUCGUGACCUUGGGUCUCAAUCGGACCUCAAAGCCCCAGAGGGUGAUUGUGGUUGGUGCUGGCGUGGCCGGGCUGGUGGCCGCCAAGGUGCUCAGCGAUGCCGGCCACAAGGUCACCAUCCUGGAGGCAGACAGCAGAAUCGGGGGCCGCAUCCUCACCUACCGGGAUGAGAAGACGGGCUGGACCGGGGAGCUGGGGGCCAUGCGCAUGCCCAGCACGCACAGGAUCCUCCACAAGCUCUGCAAGAGCCUGGGACUCAACCUGACCGAGUUCGUCCAGUACGACGAGAACGCGUGGACGCAAGUGAGCGAUGUGAAGCUGCGGAACUACGUGGUGGAGAAGAUGCCCGAGAAGCUGGGCUAUGACCUGCGGCCCCAGGAGCAGGGCCACUCGCCCGAGGACAUCUUCCAGAUGGCUCUGAACAAGGCCCUCAGAGACAUCAGGACACUGGGCUGCAGAAAGGCAAUGAAGAAGUUUGACAGUCACACGCUCCUGGAAUACCUUCUUGGGGAGGGGAACCUGAGCUGGCCCGCCACGCAACUCCUGGGAGACGUGCUGUCCAAGGACGGCUUCUUCUACCUCAGCUUCGCGGAGGCCCUGCGGGCCCACAGCUGCCUCAGCGAUCAGCUUCGGUACAGCCGCAUCGUGGGCGGCUGGGACCUGCUGCCGCGCGCGCUGCUGAGCUCGCUGUCGGUGCCAGUGGUGCUGCACGCUCCUGUCACGGGGAUAACACAGGAGACACACGAGGUGCGUGUGCACAUAGGGACCUCGCACCGGGGCCGGAGUCUAAAGACCAUCACCGCCGACGUGGUGCUGCUGACCGCGAGCGGGCCGGCGCUACAGCGCAUGAAAUUCUCGCCGCCACUGGCCCGCAAGUGGCAAGAGGCUCUGCACGCGCUGCACUACGUGCCAGCUACCAAGGUAUUCCUGAGCUUUCGCCGGCCCUUCUGGCACGACGAGCACAUCGUAGGCGGCCACUCAAACACCGACCGUCCCUCCCGCAAGAUAGUCUACCCGCCGCAGGGCGAGGGUGCGCUGCUACUGGCCUCUUACACGUGGUCAGACGCGGCGGCCUCGUUCGCUGGCCUGAGCCUGGAAGACACGCUGCAGGUGGCGCUCGAGGACGUGGCUGCGUUGCACGGGCCGAUUGUGUAUCGGCUAUGGGACGGCACCGGCGUUGCAAAGCGCUGGGCGGAGGAUCCGCACAGCCAGGGAGCGUUCGUGGUGCAGCCACCGACGCUCGGGCAGGACGACGACAAGGGGUACCAGGAGGACUUCAACUGGGCAAUUCCCUAUGGGCGCAUCUACUUUGCUGGCGAGCACACUGCCUACCCGCACGGCUGGGUGGAGACGGCCGUCAAGUCGGGGCUGCGUGCCGCGGUGCUGAUCAAUAGCCAGAUCCACGGUCCGAUCCACAACCAGGAGAAGUCUCUGCUGGUGGAAGAGGGGCCCGUGCGCAUGGCGGAGGCACCUGUGGACAGCCAAGCCCUGUGCGAAAAUGAAAAGGGGGAGGCCCCCACUCUCCAGAACUCUGUAUGAC